UAGCGUCAAUUAUCGCACCAUUUGCAAUCGCUUUAAGAUCAUCUCUGCAGCCAACAGCAACAAUUUUUAAUUGUUGUGUUACAACACACAAUAGAGUUCAAGCUUCCUAAACCAGAGAAGAAAUCUUCAUAUAUUUUACGUUCCAAUCUUGGACGCGUUAUUCAUCGGACAAAUCGUGCGGUUAUUCUUCUUAAUCUAAUAUGGGUAAGCUGAGAGAUGUAAGUACGGAAGAGGAAAUAAAUUUAGAUGCAAGCGAUGUCCCGCCGCAAAAGAAGCAUAAGAAACAUAAGCAUAAAAAGCACAAGAAGAAAAAGCUCAUGCAUGACGACAGCGAUACCUUCGUGGAUAUCUCUGCCGACGCCGACCGGAAGAAGAGCUUUCGAAUAAAAGUGAAAAAAGAGGAUGAACGGAGUCUGGAUAAACGUGAAAAGAUACUGAAAACAUGUGGUUUGAACACAGCUACAAUAAGCAGUGCAUCCUCUCCAAAAGGUACAACUACAAAAAAGAAAAUUCCAAAAGGUAACAAAGGUAAAGAUAGUGGAACCAGCAGUGAGGAAGAAAGAUGGCUUGACGCAAUUGAAUCUGGUAAACUGGAAGAGGUUGAUGACGAGUUGAAGAAAAUUAAACCAAAAGAUCCCAAGCUAAUGACAGCACGACAGAGAGCAAUGUUUGAGAGAAAAACUGAUACAGAGCCAAAUCCAGGUGUUGAACAAUUGAUGUCAUUACCUACUGGUUACAAAGAAAAAGUUAUGACCGCGGAAGCCAUACAGAAGGCUGCUCUAAAGUCUCUGAAACGAAAACAACUUGCUGAUGAAAAGAGAGAGAAGGAUAAGAAAAAAACAAUGGAGAGACUGCUCAAGAAGCAAGAAUCUAAAGCAUCCAAAGUUGUCAGCAAGGGUAAAUUAUCUAAACGACAAGUACCAUUGGUGACGUAUCGUUUAACAAUUGAAGGAAGUUCCAUAUCUUUACCACCUGGUGAAAAUUUUCCACUUUUUCCUGCCAAAGAGAGAAGUCCGCCAAAACAAAUCCUUUGCGCAAUAAAUCAAUGUAAAAAUCCCAAAAAAUAUUCGUGUUCAAAAACUGGAGUGCCAUUGUGCAGCUUAGAGUGUUAUAAAGCCAAUCUCCUUUUAGCCAGGUAAAAUAUGUACAACGACGAUAGAAAAUUUUUUUUCCAAAAGUUUUACAUUUACAGUAUUUAUUAUAAGUGAACGCGUAUGUAUAUACAUAAGAUGACUAAGCUAAAAUAAUUAAAUGUAGCACAUAAGUAUAAUAUAUAUGAUUAUAUGUAAAUAUAUGUUACCAUUUUAUUAAAAAGACUUCAUCAACUUGAUUUUAUGUAAAAAAAGAAGAGAACACAAUUUCCUUUCCACCUCUCGGUUUUAAAACGUUUAAACGAUAAUUGCAGAAUGAAAAGUCGUUUAUACGAGCGUUACAUAACGAAUGCAACUCUGUGCAGAGAGAGGUAAGCGGCUUUUCCCCGAAUUGUGCCACUUUAUAGCGUAACCUAGGCCUUGCUUUCACCUACUUCCGCAUCCUCCAAGCAAGAAGUCGACUCGCGAUGCAUUUACUCUAAGCGAGAAGCCGAGUCGGUCGUCGGCUUAGAUUCGCGCAGGAUCGCUCGGACUUAUGUACGUGUACGAGUACGGUCGACCCAGAUAUUCUGGGCCACCAUGUCGUGCCUUCAUUAUUGCAUAGUUUUGACGUUUAUCUCGAUUUUGGUGUUGGGUUUCGAAACUUUUGGUGAGUUCUAGA